UACAAUUCUGCAACUACUGCAGCUAGUUAGCUCCCCUUACCCACUGAUGUGCUUUGUACAUUUCAGUGACUGAGGCCAGCCAAAGAGGGAAAAUGAAAUGGGAAAUUAUAGAAAUAAACCAUUAAUAGGCUUUAAGAAACUUUUAUUAUGGUGCAUUGUUGUAAUUGUUCUAUUAAUUUCUUACCAGCCCUAAUUUAUAUAUUUAAGCUUUGUCAUUGUGUACAUAAAGGAAGUGUAUGCAUUGUUCACUAUGACCACCAUGAGGGGGUCAUGGAAUGUUUCCCGCGAUAAAGGACAUACGUAUUAGGAAAGUUAUACUCCAUUGUGUGCUAAGCCUUGGGAGCAGUGAGCUCUAGAAGGCUCAGAAGUGGGGAUUUUAGUGCACUGAUUGAAAGAGACUGAGCAUAAAAACCUUCCAUGAUGCCUGGCAACCCGGAACCCUCAUUGAACCUGAGUGAAUGAGAAAGUUGACUAAGGGAGGAGGGCAAUACUGAGCUCAGCUCCAUUCAUCUUUACCCCUGCCUCCCCUGGGCUCAUGCAGACAAAAGUAAUUAGGCUGAGUCUUUAAUCACAGCUGGUUUCACAGGCAAGAAGACAUGGAAAAGGAGGGAAAGGCAGAAAUCCUGGGGACAGGCACGCCUCCCUCUGGGACCCCCUUCUCCUCCCCCACUUUGGCUUUCAGUAAUCUACUGUUUUCUUGUCUCCCUCAGGACACUGGGUUCCCUAGUUGCUGCCCCAGGCUUAAUGAUUGUCCAGACGGUGGCUAUAAAGAGGCUGGGUGGAGGAGGGAGCUGAAAAACCCAGCUCAGCAGAUCCGGGCACCAAGAGCUGCAAGCAGGAGCAGUCAAGAGGCUGUGGUCAGAAGCACUGUGACCUGCCCUACAGGGCCAGCUUUUUCUGCCAUGGCAGCCCAAGGAUAUGGCUAUUAUCGCACUGUCAUCUUCGCAGCUAUGUUUGGGGGCUACAGCCUGUACUACUUCAACCGCAAAACCUUCUCCUUUGUCAUGCCAUCCUUGGUGGAAGAGAUUGCUCUGGACAAAGAUGAUUUGGGGCUCAUCACCAGCAGCCAGUCGGCAGCCUAUGCCAUCAGCAAGUUUGUGAGUGGGGUGCUGUCUGAUCGGAUGAGUGCCCGCUGGCUCUUCUCCUCCGGGCUGCUCCUGGUCGGCCUAGUCAACGUAGUCUUCUCUUGGAGCUCCACAGUACCAGUCUUUGCUGCUCUCUGGUUUCUUAAUGGCCUGGCACAGGGGCUGGGCUGGCCCCCCUGUGGGAAGAUCCUGAGGAAGUGGUUUGAGCCAUCCCAGUUUGGCACUUGGUGGGCUGUGUUGUCAACCAGCAUGAACCUGGCUGGAGGUUUGGGACCUAUCUUGGCAACAAUCCUUGCCCAGAGCUACAGCUGGCGCAGCACACUGGCCCUGUCUGGAGCACUGUGUGUGGCUGUCUCCUUCCUCUGCCUGCUACUCAUCCACAAUGAACCUGCUGACGUUGGACUCCGAAAUCUGGACCCUACCCCCUCCAAGGGCAAAAAAGGUUCAUCAAAGGAGGAGAGCACCCUACAGGAUCUGCUGCUGUCCCCCUAUCUAUGGGUGCUCUCCACUGGCUACCUUGUAGUCUUUGGAGUAAAGACCUGCUGUACAGACUGGGGCCAGUUCUUUCUUAUCCAGGAAAGAGGGCAGUCUGCCCUUGUGGGUAGUUCCUACAUGAGUGCCCUGGAGGUUGGAGGCCUUGUGGGCAGCAUUGCAGCUGGCUAUCUGUCAGACCGGGCCAUGGCAAAGGCAGGGCUUUCUAUGUAUGGGAACCCUCGUCAUGGCCUGUUGCUGUUCAUGAUGGCUGGCAUGGCAGCAUCCAUGUUCCUCUUCCGGGUAACAGUGACCAGUGACUCACCCAAGGAUGUUGCUUUCUGGACUCCUGCUCUCCAUCCUCUGGCUGAGCUCACAGGCUUUACGGAGCACGAGAUCUGGAUCCUGGUGUUGGGAGCUGUGUUUGGUUUCUCUUCUUAUGGACCCAUUGCCUUAUUUGGAGUCAUAGCCAAUGAGAGUGCACCUCCCAACUUGUGUGGCACCUCUCAUGCUAUUGUGGGACUCAUGGCAAAUGUGGGUGGAUUUCUGGCUGGAUUACCCUUCAGCACCAUUGCCAAGCACUAUAGCUGGAGCACAGCCUUCUGGGUAGCAGAAGUGAUUUGUAUAGCCAGCACAGUUGUCUUCUUCUUGCUUCGAAAUAUCCGCACCAAGAUGGGCCGAGUACCCAAGAAGGCAGAGUGAAGAGAGUACUCAUUAUGGAACAUCCCCAAUGUCAGCCUCCCUGGCAGGGCAUACAAAAGGAGAAGCUGCUCUGGUUAGCAUAGACCCUCCACCUUUCUGUGUCUACCCUGUCCCCUUGGACCUCCAUGGUGCUGCAAGUUAUCAGUGGCUAAUGAGAUCCCAACUCCCAUCCUAUGAUCUAUUUAAAUAUUUGUUUUUAGACUCCAUCAGCUUCUAUUUCUAUCUUCUAGCAGACAGGCAACUGCAUACCCUUCUUCCUUUCCUAGGUCCUAUCCUGUCCUCAUCUCCUAGUGAGGUGAACCUGUCUCUGCAGCUGCAGAACAUUAAUGCCUGUGGUUUCUUUUGUACCCCAAGGCUUCUUAGCAGGGGGCAAAGUUAUUGCCAAUACCUCAGUCACCACGGGAAGAGAGGAAGCCACCAUUCUCAUCAAUACCCUGGGACAAAGGGGGGGAAUAUAGUGGGCAAGCCAAUUUGUUAUAGAUUAAUAAAACUAGAUUUGAUACUAAA